AUGCAAAGCUGGUCUUUCUGCUCCCUUUCAGCAGAACUGACCCGCUUUAGCGUCCCCACCCUCUAUACAAAAGUGUUUUCUUAUGGUCAAGAAAGGCCAACACCUUGAAGAGAGAAAGCAGCCGUUACCUGAUGAUACAAACAAAGAUGCCUCAGGUUAAAAUGUACCCAAGCAGAUAACUUUAAUUCCACUCAAUUUAUGGCCUUCAGGGGCCCUAGUGGGACCUUGCAACACUUAAUGAGCUAAAACAUAAUAUUGUCACAUAAGUGGUGUUUUCAGUCCCUCCUUGAAGUUCUUGUGACCCCAAAGCCUGGGAAGAUGCUGGCAGAGAAGGGAGUUGGCUCUCUGGGGGUCCCAGCCUGACUGGGAUCCUGUGUCAUCUUGGCUCUUUGCUCUAGCCCUUUCUUGCAAUACUGCAGGCUAUUGAGCAGGUGCCUAUGUCUCUGCUUUUAAAGCUCCCAUGGAUAUCUGUAGAGGAAUUGUUCAUGUCCUUAUGCUCUACCAAAAUCUCUGGAGUUGGCUGUUUCAUGUGGAGCAGGCUUGGAGAGCACAUGUGGAAGCCCUUAGGAUGUACAGUGUUGGGAGCCCACUCGGGUUUCCUGGUUUCAGGGCCUUACCUUAAGGGCAGAGCAGCUAAGCGUUUGCUCCUUCCUGGCCAGCUGAUGGUAGGGCUUAUGGUUGCUUCCUGGGGUUGGGAUGCCCCUGGUUGGGAGGCUGGAAACUCUUUGCCCAGAGCUGCACUAGCAUCAUCUGCCUUUGCAGACCUGGACUGACAGCAUCAACCAAGCCAAUAAGAUGGCCCUGCUCACCUGGGUGAAAGAAACUGGCAUCAACCUGGUGCAGAUCAACGGGCAGAGGCGAUAUGGUGGUCCACCACCAGGCUGGGUGGGUGACCCCCCACCGACAGGCUCGGAGGUGUUCAUCAGGAAGUUGCCGCAGGACAUGUACGAGAACACGCUGAUCCCCCUCUUCCAGAGUGUGGGGAAGCUCUACGAGUUUCGUCUCAUGAUGACAUUCAGUGGGCUCAACCGGGGCUUUGCCUAUGCCAAGUACAGCAAUCGGCGCAGUGCCAAGGUGGCGAUCACCGCCCUCAACAACUUUGAGGUGCAGGCAGGCUGCGCCAUCCUGGUGUGCAAGAGCACAGAGAAGUGCGAGCUGAGCAUGGAUGGCCUGGCCACUUCGCUGAGCCGGAAGCGCCUGGAGGCCAUGCUGCAGGAGGCCGCUGAGGGCAUCCUCAGCAUCACCCUGUAUCCCAGCCCUUACCAGAAACGGGCCCGGCUUGCUGUGGUGAAGUACAGCUCACACCGGGCUGCUGCCAUGGCCAAGAAAAGCCUGAUGGAAGGGAAUAUGAGGAUCUGUGAAGAGGAGAUGAGAGUGGACUGGCUGAAACCUGACCUGAAGCAGAAACUGCGAUCCACUGAGGAGAAGCCAUUGGCCAUCUGGGUGCCACGUGGCAAGUCUCCAUGGAGCUCCAAGCAGGUGCAGGUGCCCCUGUCUCCGGUGCUGUGCAAUGUGCUGGACCGUCUGGAUGCCCUGUGUCGGAGGCAACACCUGGGGACACCCUUGUUCUUCACAAAGUGUGUCCAGGCGAACCCUGAUGGGUGGCUGCGGUUCUGGUGUCAGGUGGUGAUCCCGGCGUACCCAGUGCCCUUCAGUGGGUUCACGUGGGUCCGGCAGGAUGUGCGGGGUGCCAGCGGGCAUGACAAGGCAAAGGACGUGCUGGCGCUGCAGGUGCUCAGGAUACUAGGUGAGUCCUUACGCAGAGCCAGAACAAUACCCACCUCUCCCAACGUCUUGGAGGAUCUCCUGGGCCUGUGGGAGUUUUGAGCUCCAUAGGGCAGGUUGGGACCCAAUCUGGGAAGAAACCAGCCCAGCCUGGCAGGGUGGGCAGGGAUCCCAGCCCAGAAACACUGCGAAAGCCUAGCCAUAGGUAACUCCAGGAGCUGCAAGCAUGGGAUGAGGUUCCUGGUAGCAGAGGGCACAAGGAGCUAGGAGGUGGCUUUGUGGCGCUGAGCUCUUGGCUUCCUGCAGCACCGCACAGAGCCUGAUGCUUUCCUCUCUGUCACAGGAUGCCGGCUGGCCUAGGCAGUCAUCCCACCUCAACCACAGGCCGAACCUGAGCCGUCGGCCUACUCAUCACCAGUCCACAGGAGCGGGAGGCAGGCCCAGCCGGGGACGUGGUCCUGUUUGUUUUGGUUUGAGUUUGUUUGAGUUUGAGAGCUGGCUCAGGAGGAUGGUGGUGAUGUCACAGUCCAUGAUGACUGCCCCAUCCUCAGCCAGCACUUGGUUCUGUUCUGUUCUUGGGGGGUGUAGGUUUUACCCACCUGGUUUAGCUUUUCUUUAACUGGUUUGUGUUGCUCUGCUAUGGUGGGGAAGCCUGAUGUAGGUCCUGGGAGAAGAGGAAACUGCUUGGAGGGACGCCUGGCAGUGAGUGAAGGCCAGGAAGGCUUAGGGGACCUCAGGGGCUGGCCUGGCAUCAUGGGCACUGUGUGUGGCCUUGGCUCUCCUGUGCUGGCAUGCCUGGUAUCUGAGGAGCAGCCUGGCUGAUGGCAUGAAGUUGAUGUUCAAGAUGGGGACAGGGCCAUGCAUGGGGACUGUCCUGGUAAAGGGGGUAUGUCCCAUUGGCUGGCAGAGCUGCUUUUUAACUAGGAGAACGUCUGCAGGCUCUUGGAGACGUGGGGCUGUUUGUAUCCCUGGGCUGCGAGGAAGCAGCGGUGGGGUUACCAGCUGUCUAUGAAUGAGUCGUCAGCACCAGGAGGACUGGCCGCAAGCUGGCCACUUGGUAUUAAA